CCACCAUCAGCACUAGCCAGCAUUCAACAGCGGUAGCUUCGUCGCGUCGCGGUUAAAUCGGAGUUCGGGAUGUCGUGCCAUGAGCUGUUCGAUCGCCGCGUGUCGUCCUGUUAACCGUCGCGAGUUGCGAGUCACGCGUCACGAGCAAUCACUUGACACGCGGUACGGACGCCUCCGCCGCGAUUCGUUUUUAUUUUUUUUCGUCGAGUUGGGCCCGAAACCGACAAGGGGCCAUCAGUGCUUCCAAGGAAUAUAUCUGAAGCAACGAAGGUGCCGGAUCAAGUGAAAGCCGGUGCGUGGUACGAUCGCACUGUUGGCGUGACACGAAAACUCACGCAGGACUUUACUUACGCGCUGAACGACGGCUGUCGUUAACAUUUCGUUCCCCUGUCUUGGCUUCUUUCUAUUAUUUCAAUUUUAUUUUGUUUUGGUUCGAGUAUUGGUUCGGUAUUAAAAUUCCAUAACAAAUAAUUGACUUUUGAGAUCGUAAUCUUGACGGAAGCGAAGAGUUUAUUAUCGGAAAUAAAAUACAUAGUUUUUCCGCGGGAUAUUCGAAUAGAAGGGUGUCAUCGGCAGGGAAGGGUGAGCGAACGUGCCGAAGUGGCGUUCUUCUAAUUGGAACGGGAACGUGUAGACGAUGAUCUGAGAACGACCGCCACCAUGUAAACUAUUGUUAUCGCCGAAAACUUUCUCUCACCAUCGCGUCGCAUCGUUUCGAUAACGCAAAUCUCUUGAGAACGGUCGACUGCGGUUCAAUCUGUCGCGAAUUUGCUUCGAACUAAAAUAAAUCGUGAUGGAUUGGUAAUAGUAAUAAGUUCACGUGAUCAUCGAUGACCGCGUAAACGUGAACUCGCAUAAAAAUAGGUUCCGUUCUUCCGUUGCUUUGGAUAGAUACCGAUCGAUCGUGCGCCAGUGAUCAGAGAGUUGGAGUCGCGUCGAGUCGCGUUGUGCGAAUGAUCGCAACCCUCGUACGUAUCGUUGGUGUGUUACGCGUGCCACACGCUUGAUUUUAUCAAUAAAUAACCGGUUACAUUUAUCGAAGUCCGUUGCACGCGGUUUACAUUGGUUACUCGCCCUACCGCAGAACCGGUAUCGUUAUCGAUUAAUCAAACAUAGUUAGUGCACGAUAUAUACCGAAUAAGAGAGAAAAGAGAAAGAGACAACGGUAACGUUAUUAAUUAAAAACGCAGCGGCGUGCAACGAUUUUUCAUGCCGGUCUCCCGCGUCGAAUAAAAUAUUGUUAGGUAAACGUGAUGGGAGGGAGUUUAGAGAGGAAGAGGGAUAGACUUUACUGAUGUCGAUCAAUUUCGUCGAAUCGGGAACAUGAAACGAAUUUGUACGAAAUAACGAAACGCGAUAUCGAGAGAUUAAAAUAGACGCGAUCAGUGAAUAGAUAUGUAUCUCGAUCGAGAGUAGAAGAAGCCCGGAAAUACGAAGAAGACUAUUGAUAAUUCGAAGAUUGAUCGCUAUCAUUUGUGGCGGUCGAUCUGCAGUGAAUUUUUGACGUUCCUCGUCCUACGUAUUCUCGGAUUUUCGAUCAGCGAUCGAACAGUGCAGUGAGAUAAAUGUUUCAUACAUAGACAGCCGUCGUGGAACGGGAACGGUUAUCGAAUCUCGCGAAGGCUUACCGUGAAAUCAAAGGUGGCUCCGAGGAUCCUCGACGAUAUGUGCCCGGAAAUCUACGGACUUCCGUGAAAAAGGAGAGAGACUUCGAAGUACGAGAUUUAAAACGAAGAUAAAAUGGCGGACAAUUACCGGAGAAGACGGUAUCUUACCAUCACCGUAUUACAAAUUAUCACCAUCAUGUGUCAAGCUCUCUCCGAUCAACCGAUGUUUGCUGAACCGAUACCAAACGUGACCGUGCCACUCGGAAGGGACGUCAACUUACCUUGCGUCGUUGAAAACCUCGGUGAUUACAAGGUAGCGUGGAUCCACGUGGGUCGUCAGAUGCUGUUGACUAUCCACAAGCACGUGGUUGUGAAGAUACCGAGGUUCUCGGUAUCCCAUGACAAUCAGAAGACGUGGUUGCUUCAUAUCAACAACGUCCAUGAAGAAGACCGAGGCUACUACAUGUGCCAAUUGAACACAAACCCGAUGAUGAGCCAAGUCGGUUUUCUUCAAGUUGUAGUCCCACCAAAUAUACUGGACUCAUUGUCCACGGAGAGCACGAUUGCUGUUCGCGAGAAUCAGAACAUCACAUUGACGUGCAAAGCGGACGGAUAUCCAACUCCAAAGCUAAUGUGGAAACGUGAAGACGGCCAGAACAUAAGCAUCAAUCGGCACGACAGAGUGCCCCUGUACGAUGGCGAGCAAUUAAACUUGACGAGGAUCACGCGCAAUGAAAUGGGCGCGUAUCUCUGCAUCGCGACCAAUGGCGUGCCGCCAACAGUCAGCAAGAGAAUCACCGUCGACGUCGAAUUCUCGCCGUUGAUCAUGGUGCCGAAUCAGCUAGUUGGUGCACCAGCUGGUACCAACGCAACGAUCGACUGCCACACCGAGGCACAUCCACGGGCGAUGAGCUACUGGUUUCUCAAGGACGAGAUGAUACUGUCCAACGAGAAGUACACCACGAGCAUCAUGGAAAACAGCUAUAGAACACACAUGAGACUCACUAUAAAGAAUCUACAAGCCGACGACUUUGGAAAUUAUCGUUGCAUCAGCAAGAACUCUUUAGGCGAAACCGAGGGUUCCAUCAGAUUGUAUGAAAUUCCAAAACCGUCCGCGGCGCCAAAGGCCACGGAGAUUAAAAGCAGCGCCAAUAAAGAAGGACGACCGAGCACGCCGUCACCAGCAAAAAGGCCGACCACCGUGUGGCCAUCCUCGUACAACCCAUACUAUACGAAAAGGACAGAGAGGCCACCUCCCCCGAACGAGGAGAGGGUCGAGAGGCCAGAGCAGAAGCUACGUGGUGGCCAGAGCACAGGAAGCGCGUAUAUCAUAAGAUGGAGUGCCCCGCAGUUGAUGGUAGUGGCGGUGCAAUAUAUACUCACGGGGCCCUAUAUGCCCCCGUACGUGCCCCAGACGGCCAAUUAGGAGAUGGACCUCGAAAAACGUAGCCCGUGUUUCCUCCAGAACGUCUAACCUUCUUCGAUCCACUCUCCUACCCUGGGGAGCCGCGCAGUACAAAUGUGCUAUGCGCCUUCGCCUCCUAUAUCAGUCUACAUUCAAUUACAAUUGAAUCCCGUUUACAUGAAUUUGUCUGAUGUGGUCACACGGUUAUCCAAUGGAGGAUCGCGCGAUACGCUCGUGCGACUAAUAUUCGAGAUUACAGUUUGACCGUUCACGGGACGCAUUAGCGGGUAACAGACGAAAUUAUUUGUCAGCCGGCUGUACACCUUUAAUUAGAUUGUUAAUCGCAAUCGAAUAUUAAUUAGGAUAAUUGAAUUAUGUAUCGCGUCGGGCACCGCUGGAUUACGGGCUUAAUUAGUAUCAGAUAUUUAUUGUGAAGCGAAUUAUCUUGGCGAAUUAUUUGUGGUAACGUGAUGAUGUAUGGAUCGGGGAAACUCGCGUUCUGUUUCAAGAACCAUAUGUAUUACCUGUAUUAGCGCAACGUUGUUACGCCCCUGACCGCACCGCGAUCCUGUGACUAAUCGCCGCAAUUAAUUAGGGAGCAAUUACUACGGUGCUCAUCUACGUCUUUCCGAUGUUUAUUUUUACGUUGACGAUACAACACAGAUUGACGUGCAACUUUUGAUUCUGUAUGAAAUACUCGAUCUCGUUAAGUAGCGCCUCUUUCUUCGCCUGUUCCAAAAGAAGGCGAAUCGGAUUUGUGAGAGUUUUCAAAAUGUUUCAUUUCAAAUGCGUAUCUAUUGUACAGCAGCGAUACGAGAAACGAAGGGCAAUGCGAUAUAAUGAAUACAACCUUCCCUGCGAGAGUCGACGCGCGAAGGGGGAUAAGCCGAUCUUUGUAUCUCGGUAAAUGCGGUAUCGAAAGGACGCGAUAAAUCUUGAAAAUUACACGAUUCGGGACAAGAACGGGCGAAGAGAAAAAAGAUAUGGGGCGUGAUCUGAAACGAAGAGAAACGUCCCUAAGGACACGCGACAUCUGCACAGUUUGCGUUGAAAAGUCGAGUUUUGAAUGGAAUCUCGGAAACCCGGAGACUUUUGAAACGCGACCGCGGUAGAAGCAUUCAAGUAGACAACCCAACGGGGAAAAGAAGGAAUUUGAUUAAUGCUCCGGUAGGUGAAAAAUGGUGGUUCCGCGUCGCGCCAUUGCGGUGUCCACGAAAUCACGAGAGUUACCAGAAACGUAACGAUGAUACUAAACUACGGCGGCACAGAGUGACUACGAUAUACUUUUGAAAUGGUAACGUUGCCGUCACAUCGAGAGUCCAAUUAUUAUUGAGUCGGUCGUGUUCGUUGAAUCGUUGUGCGAUGAUGAAAAAUAUUUGACGAGUAACGCUGGCCUGGGUGAAGUUUAUUCCCUAUUUUUGCACUCCAUUUUUUUCCGCAUGUUUUACAUGACUUUAAUAUCGCAGGAUUAUUAACGCGAAACUUCGCUUCAAAUUAAUUUUUUUGCUUCCGCGUUUCGAUCCGGUAUUUCAAAAUGUUUUGAAUGAACGCAGUACGGUAUCGUUUCAUCCGCAGAAACAAAUCCGCGUGGAUCACACGGCCGAUUUGUAUUGUAUAUUGAAAUACGUACACGUUAAAAAUUCAUAACCGACCGCAUGAACGGCAUACGAACGGUGGAAAUUGAAAUGAGAUACGGACAAACCGUUUCUAAUUUUAACGCAACAAAAGCGUGAUUACGCGGCCAGAUUCUACUGAUUUUCACAUUCCACCGAUUAUACGUAACACGGGAAUGUGCAUACACCCGUUUCCGUGCCCGGGCGCGAGGGUCGAUGCUCUCUCAAAGACCGAAAUUACUAUGAUUUCCAGCCGCGUGAGAGUAUUAAUCAUCGUACUCUCCCUCUAAUUACGAAACUUUCCAUUACUGAUCGUAUAAUCGACACGUGACGCGUAAAUGCGUUUCACGAUACCUAGCGUAGCGUAACCUAGACCGUACUACGUAUCGUACGAUAACGUUAUAAUGAGAAACAAGAAAAGGAGAGGAUUUCUUUAAAUUAAAAUACACUGCACACCGCGGAAACUAAUUAUGGAAAAAAGAUAUCAAAUGACACAGAGAAUACGAUCAGGCUGAAUCAGAUAUUAUGCACUGCUUCAGGUAAUGCGAGUGCAGAAAAAUUUUUCUCGUUAAUCGAAGAGCAUCGAUUCCGGAAAUGUCAAUUAAAACUCGAAUUAACAUUUUAUAAUCCGACUGAAACGGAACUCAAAUAUUAAUACCUGGAUCGUGUUUUAUUAGUAAUUCAAUUUCACGGGGUUCGAUAAUUAAAUAUCGUCGUUCGGUGGUUAAAAUUUCAAGCGUUUUAUUAUCUCGGUCACAAGAUGCCAUUCGCUUGCCAGGUUUUGGUCGCUCCUGGUCGGUUGCGAACCGGGUAUACGUAUUCCGUUUCGUUGUCUCGUUCGUUGGUUUCCGGAAUCCGCCGACGACGAUGCCGUAAAAACCGAAAGCUCUUUUACCUCCGCACACGUUUCAAUUUUGCUAACUCGGAACAAUGCAACUGAACGAUUUGAAACUGUCGGUGUUACAGCGAAAACAGGGUGUGCUAGGAAGUGGGAAACGCGUGACGGGAGUACGGUAGAACAGAAUUAGCGGUACAGUGAGGUAAUAAUUCCACGAGCAAAUCGGUAGGCAGAAACCAUUUCUGUGUGUCUCGUCUGGAUAACUCGGUUGGUCGCGUCGCGUGGGUCACGCAAGCGGCUCAGGGAAGCCAGUAUGAAAAGUUUCGAUCGCGCGAAAAGGGCUUCGAUAGAGUACGUAUCGUUUGGUCUUGCCAACUGGGAAGUUGGCUCGCUUCGAGAGAUUGGAAAGUUCCCUUUUAUCGGUGGGAACCGACACCGAUACCAGUAUCUUCCUCGAAUCCUCGAAUAAAGAUCCUUCGAACAGGUCAGUAUAAAAAGAGGCAAGAGGACGAGGAUAGAACGGCGAAGUAGAAAGAACGUGAUUUCUUGUUUAAUGUACGAAAACGAAAGAUAAAGCGUGCGAGGUCAUACUAGAUAGGUACACUCGGGCAAGAUUCAUCGGGAGUGAUCCGGGGAGCGGAGACCGUUCAACGGUCGGAGGUCGAUCUCUAUUUUGGGAUUAGCAUUUAAAUGAAAUCGCGAAUUAGAGCUAAGGUUUUAGAUUUAUCUUUCAUCGUCAGCACGGCACCGCCGUAGGACUUGGUCCCGGACGAACGAUAAACUCAUUCGAAUUCGGAUCACGAACCGACUCAACGGCUGCAUUAUAAUUCUCUCAACGAUCCCGCUGCGUAAUUGCUCCUCCGCCAACAAUUUAAUCAAGAUGUCUCUAUUUACAUGCUUAUUAGGAAAUAUUACAAAAUUAUUCGCUCGAGAAGAACCGAGUUUUCUCAGACACUUGAAAAAUAAAUUCUCCUAUGAAUUGGUACAAUCAACGAACGAUUCAACAUUAUUUUAUUAAAUAUAUCUAAAUGAUCAUGAAGAACAGUUAGGAUCGCUUUAACUACGAUUGAUAAAUGUCAAUGAGUCAGGGCCAGGAGGAUCGAGCUUUUCUGUGGGUACGAUAGAAACGGAAACGACGAGAAAGAGAAAGGGGUAGUCUGAUUCGGACCACGAAACAGCGCGCACCAGCCGAAAUAUCUCACGCCAAUAUAAUUGUGUGCGUUUCAGAGGUAUCAUUCCGUAAUCUAUGUAGUCCUGCUCGGAUGGGGGAUUAUGUUAAGCGAUGCGUGAGCGGCCACAGUCCACGACAAGCCAGGCGUAACAGAGAUACUGCUCGGUGACGUCGUUACACGCCACGGGUGUAUUCCUGCGUCCACGGCCUGUACUCGCCAAACCAUGUACCCAUACUCGGCUAUAGAUAGAACACACGCCUACCUAUUUAGAUGCGUGCACGGAUACCAGCCGUGUCACGCCUGGUGUAUCCCCGACAUGAAUUUUAUUCACGAUUUCGGAUUCUGUUCCCGCGGCUGGGACGGGAGAUUGGCGUGCCAAUUGGUCGACGCGCAAUGCCGCAUCGUCAAGAUUAAUAUUUGUAAGCGAAACGUGAAUGCGACAUAUGAGAGGAAUCAAUUGAAGAUCAUUUAAGUUUAAGACGGUCUAGGAUCUGGCAAGCGAGCUACAGGGAUUUCCGUAAGAUACAAAACCUCAACGAGACAAAGAGUCCGGAUUAUGUAAAUCACCUCUUAAGUAGAUGAUAUCGAGUGCUCGUAGCUAUUACGGAUAACGCAAACUUAACCCAGAUCCCAAGCGCAGUUAAGCCUCUGCUUGUUCUCAACUGGUACCUUAUCCCCGGUAUAUCAUUUUUUGCACGCCGUGAUUAAUUGUCGAUUAUAUACCACGGCUGCUGUUAAAUUUCCUGUUAUUCACCACGUCACGAACGCUCGCGUUCUUUCGAUAGACAGGUUCGACGAGAUAACCGCGUUCGUCGAAACCAUCCGAACAUGCAUUCCACGACGUGAAAUAAACCAGAAUCGCACGCGAUCAUGAGGGACGCCCGUUUAUCCGUGCGCACGUCCGCGUGGCCACGUGCAAAGCAGACAUCACGCACGGUUUCCGUGACACGCGCUGCGCGAUUAAUAAGCAGAAAAUUGCGACAGGCUGAACAACAACGCAAGGGGACUAAUGGCCGCUCGUGGAUCAUGCCUUCCGGUACGCUGAAUUACAGAAAAAUAAAGAGGAAAACAGAGAAUUGUGCGCGAGGUAUCGCGCAAUGCAAUUCUCUCUGCAAAAAUGAACGCUAUCCCAUUAACCGAGCUACUCGACACGACAAUAUUUGACGUUAUUUCUCUGACAAAUUUGAAUGCUUCAGGCUUUUGCCAACCAAUCUCUCAUUGUACGGAUUAAAUCUCGUAAACUACGGGCGUGUCUGAACUAGUACCUGCUGGACGCUUUCAAGUCUUUCACGUCGUAAAUCGAACUAUAAAUUUUUUAAUUAUAUUCGCACUUCAGCUUAAGUAUACUUUCAGGUUGUGUACGGUAUCGCAUAAAUUACGUGGGGUAGGUACACACGAUUUAUGACGACCUUCAUCCGGUAAUUAUGUUUUAUAAUCAUAAGCAGAUGUUACGCGAUGCAUGUCGUAUAUAGUAUCUACGAUCACUUUAUGCAUACAUCGUAACUAUGUACGUCGGGGAAAUUAUUUACAUAUCAGAGUACAAAUAACUUUAUUGAUUCUAUUUACAAUGCAUAUUAUAUUAUCGCAUAAAAUAUUAUCGACAUUGGUUUCAACGUAUUUACAGGCAACCGAAAUUGUAUUGAAUCGUAUGUAUCUUUGUAUUCUGCUUAACAUUCACUCUACAGGUUUAGAGCCUAAUCUAUAUUAAAUUAGCAGCGUAAAACAAGCGACCGUACUUGGUUUCGCGUAAGGUAAAUGCGGUUGUCUCCGUCGAGAGACAAGAAUAAAAAUUCAAGAUUUAACGUUUAACUUACUCUCACUGUACAUACCAACGUCUAAAGUAUUUAUCCUUACCACGAAAGUGUCUUUCCAUUGUGGUGCCUAUUCUCGAAGAAUGAAAUUUUUACGAGUUCCGUCAAGAAUAUUAAAUGACAUGAAAUUGUACUACGAUAAAGAUUUAUCCGUUCUAUUAGAUUCGGUCGCUUGCUACAAAAAUAAAAGAGUAAAAUCAAAGCAGAAAGUUUUAAUAUUUAAUAUAAAUGUUAAUAUAAAAGUUUGUUUUAAUAGAUAAUCUGGUUAUUUGCAAGCGCUUUUGCAUGUACUAAUUUUCACGGGUCAUAAGCAUAAGCAUGCUCAGCAUAAUAGUAUGUACCAACUGCUGACAAAUACAACAAACCGAAAUCCGACAAAUUGGCGCAUAUGUGUA